AUGGAAAUCUUCUCAGAGUUUUUGGAACAAUCAGUUGAACUAUUUAUGGACGAUUUCUGUGUCUUUAGGAACACUUAUGAAGUAUGCCUUAGAAAUUUGGAAAAGGUAUUCAAGAAGUGUGAGGAAACAAAUCUUGUUUUGAAGUGGGAAAAGUGCCACUUCAUGGUAUCUGAAGGCAUUCUGUUGGGACACAAAGUGUCCAAACGUAUUGAGAUAGAUCAGGCAAAAGAUGACGCAAUAGUUGAACUACCACCAUCGGUAAAUGUCAAGACACUUGGGAUUUUUCUGGGACAUACAGGUUUUUACCGCAUAUUUAUCCGAAGUUUCUCCAAGAUCACCAGACCUUUGAGUACGCUUCUAGAAGCCGAUCGCAUAUUUGAGUUCAAUGAAGCAUGCACUAAGGCAUUUCACACUCUAAGAAAUGCACUCCCAUCAGCACCUAUCUUGGUUGCACCUGAUUGGAUGCAAGCCUUUGCGGUAGGGUCUAACGUAGUGGUAUACACUGACCAUUCUCCAAUCAAACACUUAAUGGAAAAGAAGGAUGAGAAGCCUAGACUAAUUUGGUGGGUCUUGCUUCUGCAAGAAUUUGACUUAGAAAUCAGAGAUCGGAAGGGUACUGAAAACCAAGUGUCUGAUCAUUUGUUACCGUUGGAGAAUGUUGAGGUUCAAAGAAAAAAGAAGGAUAUUGAAGAUUGCUUCCCAGAUGAAAAGCUGAUGACAAUAUGCGUUGAUGAAGCCUAG